AUGGGUAUCGAAUACCUGGGCCUCCAUGCGACGGGAUGGGAGCGCAUGACGCAGACGUGGUGGCAGCAGACACUGGCCGCCUGCUUGCUUGCGACAAUCGUCUUGGGUGGUGUAUAUAUCCUGUAUCUGGUUGGCCGACAGUUGUACCACUACUGGCGGACACGACAUGAACUUUCGGGUCUUCCUUCAAAUGUAGCGCGGCGUAUCGAGCGCUUAAAACGAGAGACACCUCGUCUGUAUACCCCCACCGCCGCAGUACCCGAGCCCAGAUCCUUCGGGGUGUAUCUCGGUGCCUUCGCGAACCCUCCCACCUCAGACCAGGCUCGGCUCCUUUCCCAAUGGGACGCAGUUGUGCUGGACCCCUUGCAGGCUGGUGUGAGCGACGUUUUGCCAAGCACGACAGCAAAGCACAUUCUUGCUAGACUGCAAAUCCGCAAACUGGUUGAAUCGGACGGGAGCCCUGAUUCUGGCGACUGCGGCGACAAUGGCGACGACAACAGCAUGCGCGCCAUUUCCGCCAUUGUCAGAGUGCUCCAGACGCACUUGAAACGCCCAGGCGAUGCUCAGUCGUUCUUCACCGGCAUUCUUCUCGCCGACUUCUCUGAGCACUUUCAGCCCGUCAUUCUCAACGCCGUCGUAUCGCUGCUAGGCGGCCUCGGCCUAACUGUCUGGCUCGAAGUCGGCCCGUCGUCCUAUCCCCCAGAGAAGACAUGCCGGGCAAUUGACAUGGCGCAGAUCCGCGGGAUCGUGUAUCGCAACGGCACGAUCCUGGCCAACGGAGACAGACGGAACUACUUCCAGAUGGCUGAGCUGCGUACCGUGAUGCGCGUGGUCGCGGCACAGAAACCCAUCGGCGAGUCUACGUUGGCAAUGUGGGAGACGGUCGACGACGGAGUGACAUUGACGCACGACGUGCUUCAUCGCAGCUAUAAGUGGUGCAACUACAACAGCGCGAUGAGCUGGAUUGGGCCCCGCUCUGCGCUAACGGACGCAGCCGUUGCGGCGCAGAAAACGGUGCUCCAUGAACCUAUCGGAGCGCUGAUGUGGAUGAAGGAUGAGAGGACGCUAGCGGUGCAUGAUUUUUGGAGGCAGAAUGGCUCUCUCCAGAAGCUGCCGCUUGGUCACGAGAACACGAGGCUGUACGAAAGCUUGGAACACCUCGUCCCUGGCGUGAAGGACAGAUUGGCACUGUAUCCGCCCAAAGAGAAGCAGCUGGAGGGUCAGGUGUUUGUGAUCGACGAGCUGCAGUGGGCCGGCUUGAAUGAGCCCCUCAUAAGCAAUCCCUUCGCCUUCUCGCCAGAUGGGCACAGCUAUUCGGGACUCGGUUGUUUCCAACUCGGACUUGACUGUACAAUGAAGGAUAUUGAGGAGCUGUUGCAGGCGCAGCGACACACCCGUGAUCUCAACCUCCUCGACCGAUUCAAGCCGAACGAACUCCAGCGCAUUGCCGGUGAGCUGCGCGAGUUGAUCAAAGCCGAUGUCGAAUGGGCGAGGCCUGCCAGAGAGCUCCACGACCUUCUCGUCUCCUGUACAGGGAACGAGGAUGACCGUCUCUGCGGCUACUCUGGCCUGCAUUCUGGGUUUCGCACUCGGCUUGAAACCCAAGUCUGGGGCAUGUAUGAGCAGGAUCCCACUGGCCCUCUGAAUAUCUACCUCUCCGGCAAGACAGAGAAAGAACGUGCGGGCACGUUCCUACACACCUACAUGUCCAGUCGGGGUUAUACACGCUAUCAGUGCUUCAUGGCUGAAGUCGCACUGUCCACUGCAAAUGGCACCCUCUCAGAUAGGUGGCAGCUCCCAACCCGCAUCGUCAGCGAUAUUGAACAACUCACGCCUACGGAAGCCAUGCUCUUUCUGCGUCGGCUGUCUUCAACACUCGACCAGGACUGUGCAGAACUCACUGCCAAAGUCCGCGCUUGCUGCGAGCACUGUCUCAUAAAUGUCCCCUCCUUGACUCAGCUGCGCGCGCUCGCCUCAAGUGAGUACCUGAGCGGUAGAGUCUCGCCCGAAGAGCUGGUGUCAGCUCGUCUGUCCUGGUAUGCCGAGCAAGGAUGUUGGGCUCCUGAUCCAGAGUCCGCUAUAGCCCUAUUCCGCGAAAUCGACAACCGACUCCCUCAGGUCCUUAUGAUCGGUGAUGCCCGUACAUUAGGUCAACUCGCUGCAGUUAUUCAGGAAACCAUGCAGGAGGACCGAAUCGAUGCAGCCGCCGAUUUUUUUGCCCUGGCCGUCUUCUGUGCCAUCCGCCGCCUCUCGUUCAACGAGAUCUACCUCGAAGUUUUGGACAGGAAUCCCCUUCCCAACGGUCACCCCGUGCAAGCGGCCGUCUUUGCGGAAUUGUAUGCUCUCGGUGCCCGAUGCGAUCUGUUCUUAGACAUGACGCCCAACCUGCUUGGGAAAAUCAUCUCGGCAAAAUACCGUGAUUACUAUAACAGGCACCAGCCCACCCGCCGCGAAGAAAAUUUCACGGAGCUUCCAACAGCCUACGCAUCCAUGGAUAUCGACCUGGAUCCAAAUGGCGAACAGCACGACGUGCCCUUCUACUACCGCAUCACAUUCCUCGGAAUCUUUGCCCUCCCGGCGCUGAUCGAUAUCAUGAUGCUCACCACUGUCGGUCGGGGCCUGUAUCUUACCACCUUCAUGAGCAGCACGGAAAAAACGCUGGCUACGACGGCGCUCAUGGUUGCCCUGCUCGUCUGCGGUGGCUUUGGGUCCUGGAUCUCGUCAGGAGGGAGUUACUACCUCUACGCCAUGGGCUUCCCCGCAAUGAGCAUGUUCGUCAUGACUAGGUUUAUCGCAGGCCUGGCUGUCACCCUUGUCGGAGGUCUCAUUGCAUUUAUCUGCAUCUGCUGCAUCAAGAGCUUCGCGGCAGGUAUUGUGUUCUUUUUGUACUUUUUCUUCCUGAGCACGUACCUCAUGUUGUUGAGUGUGCUGGCUAUCUAUCAGUUGCCGGGGUUUCAGUUCCAGUCGGGCCGAACAGUCAUCAUGAGUUGUGUCCCGAUCCUCUUCAUUGGGCCAAUCGUGACGCUCUGGGUCGGACAUGACACUGUCAUCUAUCUCUGUCUACUCGGAGUAUUCGUGGCCUCGUUACUUCUGGGAGCUCGACGCAUCAUCGCCAGAUGGAACACCUGGUAUCUGAAUAUUCCGCGCGUGACGGACGGUGAUGUUGUGAAUUGGUACAUCAGCUCUCGCCCCAACAUCAACGUCGAAGAGGUGUCUACGUCCUCAACCCCCCGCAAGGCCCUCUUCGAAGCAGUGCAAAAAGAACGAAGACGUAGAUUCUGGAGCAAGCGUACAACAGAUGAGUUCGUGCGCAGGAUGGCAGACGGAUACGAUGCUACUAUAUUUCUUUUGGUCUGGUACUGCCGGUACUCACGCACAAAAAUGCCCCUGCCAUACUCUCCCACCUGGAACCUGCAACUUAAGGCCGCUGUUGAUACCCUAGGCGACAUGCAAAAGGGCCUGAGGAUGCAUUCGGCAUUCCUGCACUGGAGACACACGGGUGCGGACGUCUGGUGCGGCAUCCUGUACUUUGUCAUUGCAUUGAUGGAUAAAUGGACUGCCUUGUUCACUGGCGAAUCACUUGUCGGUCUAUCCACAGCCAGCUCCUCAGAGUAUCGUUUAUCUGUUGGCUUUGGCCUGGCCUACUACCUUGCUGGCGCAGUGAUCCUCGAUGCAGUCUCUCAGCCCCUUUGGACAGCCGUAACGCAGCGCACUCCCGUCCCCGUGAAGAACCUAUCUACACUCCGUGAAGUACUCAGCACAAACUCUGGAGAUCGAAAAAGAUUGUACUGGAGCAAUCUAGCAAAGUUCUUCUUCCUGCAUAUCUGGGGGACAGCGGUCACCUUGGCGUUGAUGUGGGCGUUUGAAGCCUCGCAAAACGCCACAAUCAUGUUCCUGGCGUAUAUUGGCUCGUAUAGCGGGUUGCUGUUCUAUCAGUAUAAUCGAAUUUUCACAGGCCCUGAAGCAGCGAGGUGUCUCGCGGCUGGAUCAGUUGUUGGAUUCGUGAUUGGGAUGACUAUGCACACCGUCAUUGCAAGCUUUACGUGGAGUAGUGUCAUUUGCUUAGGCAGCGGGACAUGGACGGCUGCGAUCUACUCGCUCUGGCUGAGUGAUAUUGGAAUGCCGACGUUCAGACCCAAGAAUCUCUCUGUCUUGGAGAGUAACAGUCAGAAGGAAUUAGCCACCUACACGAGCAGCAGCCUGGAGCCGUACCUGGAUCUCUCCCCGACGACAGUGGCCGAAACGUUUGACAAUAUCAAUGCCCUUCCUGAUGACCUGCGGCAUAAGCUCGACCCGGAGACACAUCCUGGGAUCGAAGUGAAGGAGAUCAUCCUCUCGAACUCGGGGUACAGGACCUCUGCUCUUGUGCAAGCUGCUUUUCCCGACGCGGCGCAGUUUCUCAGAGAGAUCGCCCGACUCUGGGUAUCUGGUCAGACAGUCAUUGAGUUUGUCUCAGCUGAGCAUCUUUUACAGACCGAGCAGCGCGUCCGCGCCAUAAGUCGACUGACCGGCGACAGUCUGCAUAUCUUUAUCGUCAUCGGCCCCGGCCUCGUCGGUCAAGACUGGACAACGAAUAUCAGGCGGAACUGUCGUGCUAUUGCGGAGGCGGUUGUCCAGGCCACAGCCGAAGCGAGACUCGGCUUGACGCAUGAUGAGUCCAUGAUGACGGAGUUGCUUAUUGGGACUCAUCAGGAUAAUUAUGACCUCUCCUUACCCGAGGGUGUCAAAUACCAGCUUGAACGAUCUCCUGCGGAGUGUGCCCGUGUUGCGAAGCACGGCCAGCGUACAUUUCUUCGACAUCUUCUCCUCGGUAUCGACUGCGAUUUGGAGUGGGAUGAACUGCCGAAAUCAGCACGGUCUUUCCUCCUUCGUCGUGUUGCUGGCAAACCCGGCCGACUCUCAUCAGAGGAACUCUCAUGGUUGCAAAGCCGGGUGGGCUCAGAAGAUAUCCAGAACCUCGCUGCGCACGUCGCACGCUAUAACCUUGGCGUCGCCAUGUCCCUUGGUGUAUGGCAUUACGCCCAGCGUUGGAUGGAGCACGAUGCAUACCCUUCCUAUCCUGUCUUUCCGGACACGACAUACGAAAAGCCUAUACAGACACUCCUCCCUCCGCCCAUUGGCUUGCACAUUCGCUUCACAGACGCGCUAAAACUCUCCUUUUUGCAGGUCAGUCACUCAGUGAGAACAUGCCUCAAGUUCUCGAUCAUCGCUCUGGUUGCAGACCCGCAGUACCAGCGCGAGUUGGAAUAUAUGCUCCGCGGGCAGCCACUGGUCUUCGCCGUACCGAUGACGCUCCUUUUGAACAGCGUGUGGAGUUUCGCCAAGUUACUACAAAGAAUUCUGAUCCCGCUAGUCCUCUUUUACGGGCGUAAAAGCAUCAGUGACGUUUACAAGAGCAGUCGUGGCUGGAAGACGGUGCUUCAUAAAAACAGAGUAGCAAUCGAAAGUCUCGAGGGCCCAACGACUUGUUUUGCAAAAUCCCAAGGAGAGGGUACUACGCUUCUCUAUCAAUACUCAGGCAGCCAUAUGCACGAGCCGGAGGAUAACAAGGCUCUUAAGGCAAUCAAUACAUACACUGACCGGCUCGUCCUUUUGAAGCGCGAGGAGUAUAGAGCCGGCCAGCUAAUCAAUGCCUUCUCAUACGAGUACGCACAGGACACCCCUAAAGGCCGACGAACACGGCCGCUGCCAAUCCAGCGAUUGUGUACCGCCGGGGAGCUGGAGGGGCAAGUUGUCAUCUACGACGAGAGCGGCUACAUCUCCUCAGGCUCCUUCAUGCAAGGCAUGAACCCAGUGAAUUUCAAGUAUGCCUUUCGAAAGAACGCUAAGUUCGACGAUGAGCUGCUCCGCGCCGAGUACGUAUUCCCGCAUAUCACUAUUAGGGUUUCCUGGUGCAUGCCGCCAUCUCGUCAUCCAGAGAAGGAGGACAAAUGGAUCCCUUACCCAAGAGUCAGCCAGGCGGCCUUUAUCGAGCCAGGUAAUGUCUACCAAUCAAAAUGGACUUACGACCACAAGUUCCACCCUGUCAUUACCACUACACUCAACGGGGAAAAUGUCGAGACGCCCGCGAUGAUUUCAGAGGACUGGUUCCGUGUUCUUGACAAGCCUCAGAGGAGCAGCUUUUUGCAUGACAACCCGUUAUUCUUCUUUAGGAGCGUCCGGACGAACAUAGUGAGCCGCUUGUUAGGGCUAAAUGUCAAGACGAGGCCAAUUCCCACCAGUCGAGCACGAACGCAUCUGUGGAAGGCGUGGAAGGGGAGCAAAACCUUUGAUGCCGUGACCACCACCUGGCUUGAUGAGAUACUGCUGCGUUCGGACAGCAUCCUCCGUCCAUACUGGCGAAACCGCGACUUUGGCCAUCUUGAUGCGGCCGGAGAGUAUCUGGACGCACAAGUGGACACGAUCCUUGCCCGCGUCGACAUCGACCCUGACAUUAGCAGCUGGACGCAGAUGGCGUUCAAGAUUAGCGAUCUGUAUAGCUUUGGCAUCGGCGGAGAUGCACGCAUUAACACGCGGACUCUCUCGACCCAGCUCCAAGAUACCAGCACGCAACUGCAUGUUCUGGCCAUGGACACGGCCACCUGGCCCAACGAGCCCGGGGGCGUCUCGGCGUGCCGACGGGACAUGGUCAACGACCUCAGGGGGAUAAGAUGGCACAUCAUCUCCGAGAAUGCAAAUGACUACGGCGUCCCCAAGUUCCAGAUAGAGCGGAAUGUGCAAUCUCUUACAGUGCUGCCACAAUGGGGGCUCGACUUCCUGAACCCCACGCACGGGGUAUUCCAAAAUACGCUUGACAGUGCUGUAGUUGAGCGCAGUCAGGAUACAAGGAAAGACGAUAUAAAAAGACACUUUGUCCCAAUCCUGUCCAGGUUGGUGCGCUGUGCGCGGACAGCGAACCUGAAGAGACAUCAUAUUGAGGAGGCGACUAACGCGCUGGUCGAUCUCAAUACGUACUUUGAGUCUGGACGGUCCUGGAAUGAUGUUUGGAUGAGCAAGACGGUGAAGACUGCGUGGCGCGAACUUUGGCUCUCUGACGAUGUGGAUGACGCCCUGCCUGUGGAAAAAUGGUGGGAUGCUGAGCACCCUUCUCUCCAGCAGCUUGAUACUGCGCUGGAUAUGUGGCAUCGAUAUUUAUUUAUUUUCUCCAUCCCAGUCCCUGAGCGCAUCCCCGACGUAUUUCAGGUAUCUCACCAUUUCACGGGAGCAACCUACGGGGUGCUCUGCAAAGCAAAGCGCAAGUGUGCCCUCCACGUCUGGGACCAUUGCAUCAGCUUCAGGGAGAUGACCACCUUCCUCUCGGCCGCUGUCUCCUUUGACAGCUCGUUCGUGAACACAACACUCAUGUCGCUCGGUCAUCUGGCAUGUGUACUGAUCGAGCACCACGCUGACGUUAUCUUACCGUGCGCUGAGUACUUCAACCCCGGCUGGGAGAUUGAACUGGGCACCGCAGAGGGGGCGCUGCAGCAUCGGAAGGCAUUUGCCCGGAAGAUCGACCCGGUUGUCAAUGGGAUUACGAACAUGGAGAGGUAUAAGCCUAUUGAGAAGAUCCGCACCGAGACGCCGACAGUUGUGAUGUUGUCGCAUAUCCGGUAUGUGAAGGACAUCAAAACAGCCAUCAUGGCCACCGAUCUUAUCGUCAAUAAAUGGGGUUUCAGAGACUACCGUCUACACAUCUACGGCGAUAUGGAGCGCGCCCCAGCCUACGCCUCCGAGUGCCAGGAAAUAAUUGCGUCAAAAGGCCUCCGCGAGCACGUCGUGCUCAAGGGUCUGGGCAACCCCUCCGUUGUGCUGCAGGACGCCUGGCUAUUUAUGAACUCUUCUAUCUCCGAAGGGCUCCCUCUUGCCAUGGGCGAAGCAGCCCUUACCGGGGUGCCAGUAGUGUGUACCGACGUCGGGGCCUCCUUCUGCGUAGUUACGGACCGCAAUACAGGUAAACGGUUCAGCGAGGUCGUUGCACCCAAUGACAGCGAUUCUCUAGCGCGCGCCCAGCUUCGCGUCUUAGCGCUGCUCGAUAAGUGGGCGCCCUUUGCGGAAGAUGAGCCGGGCACAAUCGUCCCUACCCUAGACUUCCAUCCAACACCUGAGCAAAUCAAGGCUGUAUCGGAAAGAAUGUACGCCAAAAUCGAGCAACGACGAAAAUUUGGGAUGCUUGGUCGUGCGAACGUGCUCAACUCGUUCUCGUCUGAUCGAUAUCUCCGCGAACACGAGCAGUUGCUCUGGAUAGGCAAGUGGCAGAGUCGAAGUUUUGUGACGCGAACUGCGUUGUCUAGCGCAGCAAACUUGAGUACCAGCGCUUUUUUCCAGAUGGGAAAGGAGAAAGAGAAGGUGAACAACAGUGCAGUCCGUCUGUAUAUAGGGAAUGUCCCCAGUACCCCGGACUCGAUCUACCAGCCCGUUCCGGUGAGUCCCUGGCGUGCGUGGAGAGAUUCGAGGCAUGCCAGUUCGAGCGGCACGAGGACGCCCGUUUAG